AUGGAUAAUAAAGAGGGGGAAGGUUCAUCUUCUCACCAAAUUUACCCAGCUGACGGCGUUUAUGCUCCGGCGACACCAGCAAAGCCAAGCCGAUCGGAAAACACGAUCUCAAAACACUGGCUACAAACUCCGUUUGAUGAAGCGUUGUUUGAAGAUUCACAAGCGAACAAGAAUUUCAGUUGCUGGGAGAAUAAUUUGGGUCAAAAUUUCGAGAUCAAUGGUGGAAUUUGUGAUAAUGAUGCCAAUGGAUCGGCAAAGCUUCAUAAUUUCUUAUCCGAUCUAAACGCGCCACCACCGGAAACCGUCGUAACAGAACCGGUGGCGGAGGUGAUUAUCGCACAAUCACAGGAAGCUGAAAUUUCAACGAUUGUGGAAUCGAAUCAAGAGAAGGGAUUGAGUGAACAAAUCAAUUUGAAUGAAACGCCACAACAACCGAAGCAACGGAGGAGAAAGCACAGACCGAAGGUGAUAAAAGAGCGUAAGCCCAGAAGUGCAAAAAAGCCCGCUACUCCAAAGCCCGAUGAUCUGACCAAAGAUGAAGAAGAAGAAGAAGAAACUGAAAAAUCAUGUAAAAGAAAAAUCAACUUUGAUGAGGUUGAGAAAACAUGCUCUACAAGCACUAUCCCUAUAACCCCAAGUAAAACUGAAACCCAACAGGGGAGAUCAAGAUCCAUUAAAGAUGGCAAUGGCGAUGGGAAUCAAAGUUACAAAACAGCAAAAUGUAGGAUAAAUUUCUUGCAAGAAACUCAUGAGAAAGGAGUGAUUACUAAUGUAUCAAGUCCGAAUGAAUCAAACUGCAGCACAAGUGCACAGGGAUCAAAGCAACAGAUUGAUGGAAAUGGAAAUGGAGUGUCACCUUUUCCUGAUUCUUUGGAGGCAUAUCUAUCAGUGUACACAGACUAUAACAAUAACAGUAGCAAUAACAAUAACAAUAACAAACAAGUGAGCUUACCUGUGAUUCACAAGAAAAAGAGAAUCAGAAAGCGUAAGACUUCCAUGAUAUCUGUGUGGGAAAAUGGUAUAAAAGUAAGUUAUGAUCAGCAAUCUUACAGAUACAUGCAAGCAUCGACUGGAUUUAAAGGAGAAGCAAUAUAUGAAGCAGAAAUCCAAGUGAGUAAAGCAACCAAGAAACGUGCAAAAAAAACAACCACCACUAUGGUGGUGGCUUCUUCGUAUCAAGACCAAAUAAGCUUCACAAACAACUUAGGGUGUCAACCAAAUUUAAGAUGGAAUUUUGAUGAACUUGUUAAGCAAUUUGAGCGGAUGGAUAUUAAUGGAUUGAUGAAGGAAAAGGACAGGGUGGCGAUUGUUCCUUACUUGUCAAGAAACAAUGAAAAGAAUGAGAAUGUGAAUGUGAAUGUGAAUGUGAAUGUGAAUGCUAUUGUUCCUUUUGAAGGACAUGGGAGUGUAGUUCCAUAUGAUGGUGUGUUUAAUCCUAUUAGAAGAAGAAAGCCAAGACCUAAAGUUGACCUUGAUGAUGAAACGAGUAGAGUUUGGAGGCUAUUAUUGGAAGAUAUAAAUAGUCAAGGAAUCAAUGGAACAGAUGAGGAUAAAGCAAAGUGGUGGGAAGAAGAACGAAGAGUGUUUAGUGGAAGAGCAGAUUCGUUCAUAGCUCGCAUGCAUCUUGUCCAAGGGGACAGACGAUUCUCUCGGUGGAAAGGAUCUGUUUUGGAUUCUGUGAUUGGGGUUUUUCUUACACAGAAUGUAUCAGAUCAUUUAUCUAGUUCGGCAUUUAUGUCUCUUGUAUCACGAUACCCCUCAAAGUCAAAAAGCAGCAGUGAACCCCUUCAUGAAGAGAAUUCAGGUGUGUCUGUUGAAGAACCUUUAGAUGAAGAAGAAACCAUGAUGUUGAAGGAUAAUGAAAAAAGAGAAGUUGUAUACAGCAAUGAAGUGUCAAAAAAUAUCGCGUAUACAGUUGACUUGAAUGAAAAUUCAGAAUGUGGAGUUGAAGAUAUAAUUUCCUCACAGAAUUCUACAGAUACAUCUCCAAGCUCUGUACAAUCACCAAUUGUUCAUAGUCAAAGUCAAAGUCAAAGUCAAACCACUGAAGAACAACAAAAGAACAGGUGUCAACCUAAUGAAGAGCAACAAAAGGACAGGUGUCAAGCUACUGAAGAACAACAAAAGGACAGGUGUCAAGCUACUGGUCUUAAUGAAUACACUUCUUUUGUUGAGUUACUUCACAUGCAAGGAUCCAGCACAUCACCUUGUUGCAAUGGUUCCGAAAAUACCCUUUUGCCUAAAGAGUGUGGAAGUGAAGAAAGUGGAUUAUCAGCAGAAUCUGCGAGUCAAGCUAGGGGUGGGAGUAGUCAAAGUCAAACAGUUGAUAAGGGUAGUUCUGUAAUUGAUAAAGUGAGAGCUGGAAAGAAACAGGUUAAAGUUGAGUGGGAUAAAUUAAGAUUGCAAGCUGAAGUCAAAGAAAAGAAAGAAAGAACUCCUUACACAAUGGAUUCAUUGGACUAUGAGGCAUUAAUGAAUGCAGAUGUUAGUGAUAUUGCUGAUGCCAUAAAAGAAAGGGGUAUGAACAAUGUACUUGCAACAAGAAUUAAGGCCUUGCUUGACCGGAUUGUACAAGACCAUGGAAGUGUUGACCUUGAAUGGUUAAGAGAUGUUCCCCCUGACAAAGCAAAGGAGUAUUUGUUAAGCUUUAGAGGCUUGGGAUUGAAAAGUGUAGAGUGUGUUCGACUUCUAACACUUCACCAUCUUGCCUUCCCUGUUGACACAAAUGUGGGGCGUAUAGCUGUAAGACUCGGAUGGGUACCCCUGCAACCACUUCCUGAGUCUCUUCAGUUGCAUCUUUUAGAAUUGUAUCCGGUUUUGGAGACGAUUCAGCAGUACCUAUGGCCACGACUUUGCAAGCUUGACCAGAGAACUUUGUAUGAAUUACAUUAUCAGAUGAUUACAUUUGGAAAGGUUUUUUGCACAAAGAGCAAACCAAAUUGCAAUGCAUGUCCAAUGAGAGGAGAAUGUAGACAUUUUGCAAGUGCAUUCGCAAGUGCAAGGCUAGGGUUACCAGCACCAGAGGGGAGUGUAGCAAGUAUAACAGAAAACAAAACUGGUCAAAAACUAAUUGGAAUGUCAGAUCAACCUAAUGAACAACUACAACAGCUAUCUGAACUCCAAAAUUGCAACCCUGAUAUUAAUCAACCUAAUGAAGAACAACAAAAACUAUCUGAAGUCCAAAAUUGUAACCCUGUUGUUGAAGAAUCAUCAACACCAGGGACAAUAAUUGAAGCACCAUCAACAUCAGGGCCUAUAGUGGAGGUGCCAUUAUCACCAGAGCCUAUAAUUGAGGUUCCCACAACACCAGAGCCAGAACAGAUACAACAAGAACUUGAUAUGGAGGAUUUUUGUGAAGAAGAUGGUGAAGAAAUUCCUAUGAUUAAACUAAACAUGGAAGAGUUUACUCAGAAUUUGCAGACUUACAUGGAAAGACACAUGGAACUUGGAGAAGGUGACCUGUCAAAAGCACUAGUUGCCUUAACAUCAGAAGCUGCAGCAAUCCCUGUACCUAAACUUAAAAAUGUCAGCCAACUAAGAACAGAACACCAAGUAUAUGAGCUUCCAGAUUCACAUCCUCUUUUGGAAGGGAUGGACACACGAGAGCCUGAUGAUCCUUGCUCAUACCUUCUUGCAAUUUGGACGCCUGGUGAAACUGCAGAUUCGAUUCAACCGCCAGCUGGACAAUGUUCCUCCCAAGAAUCUGGCAGGUUGUGCAAUGAAGAAACAUGUUUUUUCUGCAACAGCACACGAGAAGCAAAUAACCAAACUGUUAGAGGGACACUCUUGAUACCAUGUAGAACUGCAAUGAGAGGGAGCUUUCCACUCAAUGGGACAUAUUUUCAAGUCAAUGAGGUGUUUGCAGACCAUGACUCAAGUCUUAAUCCAAUUGAUGUCCCGAGAUCUUGGUUAUGGAAUUUACCAAGAAGAACAGUGUAUUUUGGUACUUCUAUACCAACAAUAUUCAAAGGCCUUACAACAGAAGAUAUUCAAUACUGCUUCUGGAGAGGAUUUGUUUGUGUGAGGGGAUUUGACCAGAAGACACGGGCCCCCCGCCCACUUAUGGCCAGGCUACACUUUCCAGCUAGCAAGAGAACAAAGACCAAGACUGAUGCAAAUGCAAAUGCAAAUGCAAAUUAGAGUUAGAGAUAUAAAUGGCAUGUAUAAAGAGCAACAGCAGACAUAUAGCUUUGGUGAAAAGACAAUGUCUGCUGUUGAUGGCCAGAGUGGCUUGAUUCAUAGCUUAGGAUUUCAUAGAGACAGCAGUUAAUUUGUAUUAACCCAAAGAUAAAUUGUGAUAUUGUAUUGUUUUAGCUUUGUUCUAGAGAUGUUAAG